AUGUCAGAAGCAUCUGUGGACACCAGCUCCGAGAUCACCACCAAGGACUUAAAAGAGAAGAAGGAAGUUGUGGAGGAGGCAGAGAACGGAAGAGACGCGCCUGCUAAUGGGAAAGCUAAUGAGGAAAAUGGGGAGCAGGAGGCUGACAAUGAGAUAGAUGAAGAAGAGGAGGAAGGAGGGGAGGGAGAGGAGGAGGAGGAUGAAGAUGAGGAGGCCGAGGCAGGUACGGGCAAACGGGCAGCUGAAGACGAUGAGGAGGACGGCGUCGACCCCAAGAAGCAGAAGACUGAUGAGGAUAACUAG